UCACACACCCAGUAUCCCAGGAUGCAAUCUGCCGGCCCUAUAUGGGCACACAGUCCCAGAUUGCCUCAUCAGCCCCCCAUACAUUAUCUAUGAGUAAUAGCCAUCCCAUGAGAAUAUGAGGGCUGCAGGGGCAGCCUACAUCAACUGUACAUUUAGAGUACAGUCUCCAUACACCCACCUGAGCACAAUAUAUACAUGUGUGCUGAACAGGUCCUAGUUCUAAUGUAGAGUAUUUUGGUGAACUCAGGGCCUGGUAUACAGCCACAAAAUAGCAAUAGGUUUACAAAGCCAUCAGUAGCAUGACACAGUUCAUUAGUAGAGUAAGAGCGUGCCUCUGUCGUCACUUCCAGUCGCAUAGCAGUGUGUGUUUUCUGGCUAAUUGGGAAAAUCGCUGACCCCACAUUGUGUACGUGUAAUUAGUUGGUAUAGCUGGUAUAUGUGCUUUUGAAUGGAGAGGAUGGCUGAGUUACUCUGAAUGCAGCCACUAAGAACAGCUCAAUGUAUCCACAGGAGUAUUUGUCCAGCUGUUUCUUCUCUGUAACCAUUAGCGGCUCCCUCUGCCAAUUAGCUGGGGACAUUAAUUGGAUUCCAGCAUAUAAUGGGCCCAUUAGAGUCUGUGAAAUACCUGAAUUGUCUUAUCAAAGCCUGGUGUAUUAAAGCUCCUAAUCCUCCAUGCUCCAGGAGAGACUGAGGAAAGCUUCUUUCAUUUCUUCUUUUUCAUUUCAUUUCAUUUCCAGCUUCUCGUUUAUUCCUCCUUUCAUCUCCCCCUCUUUGUCUUCUGCCUUUUGUCUGUGCUCUCUUCUCUCGCUCGUUCUCUCCAUCACCCCUGGAGUGAUGUAAUGUGGUGGUGAUAAUGGAGGAGGAGUGCCCCUGCCCCACCUCUUUUCUUUGAGUGUCACACACGCACGCACGCACGCACGCACACAUGCACGCGCACACACACACACACACACACACACACACACACACACAAAUAUUAAAGCGUGCACGAUAAGUAUCUUCUCCAAAUCAAAUAAAAUCAAAUGUUUAUUUGUCACAUACAUUAUACAGGUAGCCUAUAAAUGCAGUGAAAUGCUUGUUCCACUGACUCCAAGACUGUGCAAAGGAUAUAUAUAUAUAUAUAUAAAAGGGAGAAGAAUAAAGAGUCAAAGUGCAAAGUGUUUAGGCUAUGCUGGUGCUCCUGCUACAAUCCUCAUUUUGAAUCCUGAUAGCCUGGGGGUAAAAACUUUUCCGCAUUCUCUCCGUGUUGGACUUCAGGCAGCGGUAACGUUUCCCAGACCGUAGGAUAGAGAAGAGGCAGUUGUUUGGGUGACUGGGAUCCCUGAUAAUUUUUCUUGUUCUCGACUGACAUCUCCUUAUGUAAAUUUCCUGUAGGUUGGGUCGGGCACUUCUGGUGGUACGUUCAGCUGAUCUCACUACUCUCUUCAGAGCUUUACGGUCUAGCUCAGUGCUAUUUCCAUACCAAGCUGUUAAACUCCAGAACUAAAGCCUGUAUCCUUUAGAUACUUAUUGACUUUUGCUACAUACAGAGACACUGUUUCUCUUUCGCUCACACUGCUCAGGCAUAUUCACAUCCUCUCUCAUCACAUGAGCCCAUUUUGCUGACAUAUCGGCUCUACAGUAAUACGUCCACCUACGUGCUGACCUAAACAUUCUCCACCAGAGCAUCCCACACAACGGAGAGUACUCAACCUUGUCAAUUUAACGAUGUAGUUAGCAUUUGAAGGAAAAACAUGCAGCGGAAUAAACAGGUGGCCAUGGGCCGCAAGAAAUUCAACAUGGACCCCAAGAAGGGGAUCCAGUUCCUGAUAGAGAAUGACCUUCUCAAGAACACAUGUGAGGACAUCGCCCAGUUCCUCUACAAGGGAGAGGGACUCAACAAGACUGCCAUCGGCGACUACUUGGGGGAGAGAGAUGACUUCAACAUCCAGGUUCUGCAUGCAUUCGUGGAGCUGCAUGAAUUCACAGAUCUCAACCUAGUGCAAGCUCUCAGGCAGUUCCUGUGGAGUUUUCGGCUGCCUGGCGAGGCACAGAAGAUCGACCGCAUGAUGGAGGCGUUUGCCCAGCGCUACUGUCAGUGCAACCCGGGAGUCUUCCAGAGCACAGAUACCUGCUACGUGCUGUCGUUUGCCAUCAUCAUGUUGAACACCAGCCUGCACAACCCCAACGUGAAAGACAAGCCGGGUGUGGAGCGCUUCAUCAGUAUGAACCGAGGCAUCAACGACGGUGGAGACCUGCCCGAGGAGCUGCUCCGAAACCUGUAUGAGAGCAUCAAGAAUGAACCAUUUAAAAUCCCUGAAGAUGAUGGCAAUGAUCUCACACACACCUUUUUCAAUCCAGACCGUGAGGGUUGGCUUCUUAAAUUAGGAGGUGGCCGUGUAAAGACUUGGAAGAGGAGAUGGUUCAUCCUGACCGAUAACUGCCUCUAUUACUUUGAGUACACCACUGAUAAGGAGCCUCGAGGCAUCAUUCCCCUGGAGAACCUCAGCAUCAGAGAGGUGGAUGACUCCAAGAAGCCAAAUUGCUUUGAGCUGUUCAUCCCAGACAAUAAAGACCAGGUGAUCAAGGCGUGCAAGACCGAGGCAGACGGACGUGUAGUGGAGGGCAAUCACACCUUCUACCGCAUCUCAGCCCCCACCACUGAGGAGAAGGACGAGUGGAUCAACAGUAUCAAAGCUGCAAUCAGUAGGGACCCUUUCUAUGAGAUGCUGGCAGCGCGGAAGAAGAAGGUGUCCUCUAUGAAGAGGCAGUAGGACUCCUGUGUAGAUGACCGCAGCUUCUUAUACACUGGGCACUGGACCUUAUAACUUGGGGCUUGGGUGAGGGAGGAGGCGGGAAGGGUGCAGAGGACUGGGUGUCCGUGGUGGCGUGUCUGACCGUGUGCAGAUGGAACAGAGGGAAUGCUGGGAGCUGGCUCAGGAUCUUCUGUAUCUUUUCCACCCAUCAGCACUCUCUCCAGGACUUUGCCUUGCUUUCUCGCUCAACGUCCGACGACGAGAGGAAGGCUGGAAAGAGCUUCUUCUCUGAUAGAACAUUCAAAUGAACACACACGCACACACACACACACACACACACACGCGCGCACACACACACACACACAAAACCAUCUCAACUCAGCGGGUCUGACUGAAUGUGGCAUCCUGUUUAAGAUUUUGUAAAACUUGCCACAGAUGUGGGAAAAAAACUCCUGUGCUUUAAUAGACGAAGGAAGGAUAUGUGCACCUAUUUUUACACCACAAUUCUCUGUCAGGGGAGGACUUCUCACUUAGUUGUUCUCAAAAGUAGAGAGUAGUCACAUUAAUUAAUCAGCUCUUUGGUUAACCAUUUUUUCUUGGUGUCCUUUUGCCCAAGUCAUGCAACUUCUGUAAGGCUGUGUAGAUAUUCUUCAUAUUCACUCUCAUGUUAAACAGCUGGGCUAUGACUGUUAUGUGGUGUGAUGUUUUGUGUUGUAGUAAGUUGUAAAAAAAAGAAUGAAAAUGUCAUCUCUGCCAAAGUUUUUUUUACACAUUGCUUUUUUUUUUAUCCAUGUUCACUUUUUAAGUAUGCUUUUUGUGAAAUAUGCCCAUUUCCCCUUUUGCCACAGCAAUCACACAUCUCACACAUCUCAUCUUAAUUCCAGGCUCGAAUGAGCAUAACAACACAACCUAUGAUCUGCUGCAAACAGGUGAAGACUGAGCAGAACCCCCCCCUCCCCACCCACGUACUGUACUGUGUCUGCAAGGUGGCUCUGCUGUGGGUGUGAAGGAUGCUGUAUACUUAAACUGUAAAUUCUUUGCGGCUUGUCUGUAGGCAGGCCACACACACAAACACAGAAUAUAGCUGUGAUCCCUACAAGUGCAGCUGUUAUGUGCUUUGUGCUACCCUUGCUGACACAUCUGACUCGUUUCCUCUUUUUCUUCCCAAUAUAACUCACUGAGAUACUGUUACUGUUCAUACUGCAGAAAGGAUCGAUUGUCAUUUGGUAAAACCUCAAUUUUCAAGAUGAAUGACAGUAGCGUACAUGCUCCCAGUUUCUAACCUACUACUAAUAUGCUUCCAUCAUUUGAAUGAGUUCUUAUUUGGUUGUAUUUCUGUUUGCAGUCCUCUUGUUUCCAGAGUGGCAUUAGAGUGAAAGCCAUGAACAUGAGCUUUUUUUGUUUGUUUUAUAAGCCAUAUGUGUGUUUCUUUCUUAUUUAAAUAUGCUGGUAAUUUAGAAAACAAAACUAUCAAAUUUAAGUAGUUUAUUUAUCAAAGUGAUGUAUAUACUUAAAUGUAUAGGUUAAUCUUUUAUUUUAAAAUAUGUUUGUGUGAUCAUUUAUGAAGUUGGGUGCCAGUUUUAUUUGUUUUGUUAACAUACAGUAGCUUUUUUCACCAAUGUCACAUAGCCUACCCAUGCGCUGAUAAACAAUAAAUAACAUGGUAAGUGCUUUGAAAUGA